AAUAGUAAAUUACUUGGGGAAGAAGUCUUAUUCUGCUUGUUCUAUCGAUCUUAAACAUGAUUGCUUUUGGUAGAAGGAUACUUGUGGAUUUUAAUCAAAACUAAAUUUCUAUGAUGCAUACUUUUAAAUGGUUGACAUACUCAUGCCCUGAACAUAUCUGAUCCUAAUGGGACGAGGGAUGCGGUGAACUGGGAGAAUCAUAUUCACUCAAUGGAAAUUCAGGCUUACAGUUCCAUGUUGAAGGCUUUUAUUGCUCAAUCAGAACUUCUUACUUGGGGAAAAGAGGAGCUCUUGACUGAACUACGAAAGGAACUAAAUAUCGCAGAUUCUGAACAUGGAGAAAUUCUGACUAAAAUAAACUCCGAUGACUCAAUUAAAUGGAUAAGGGAGCAAAGGAAAAUGGCAUAUCAUUCUCAAGCUCAUGAUUCUAUCAAAGCUAAUGCUUCUGGGUGUACUUCUACUUCAAUUGGAAAUUCUACUAUAAGAUUGCAAACUCAUUCGCAUGCUCAGGAUUAUAUCAAAGCUAAUACUUCUGGGUGUCCUGCUUCAAUUGGAAAUUCUACUGUAAAAUUGCAAACUCAUUCGCAUGCUCAGGAUUAUAUUAAAGCUAAUACUCAAGCUUAUGAUUAUAUCAAAGCUAAUACUUCUGGGUGUCCUGCUUCAAUUGGAAAUUCUACUGUAAAAUUGCAAACUCAUUCGCAUGCUCAGGAUUAUAUUAAAGCUAAUACUCAAGCUUAUGAUAAUAUCAAAGCUAAUAGUUCUGGGUGUCCUUCUGCUUCAAUUGGAAAUUCUACUGUAAGAUUGCAAACUCAUUCGCAUGCUCAGGAUUAUAUUAAAGCUAAUACUCAAGCUUAUGACUAUAUCAAAGCUAAUACUUCUGGGUGUCCUUCCGCUUCAAUUGGAAAUUCUACUGUAAGCUUGCAAACUCAUUCGCAUGCUCAGGAUUAUAUUAAAGCUAAUACUACUGGAUGUCCUUCUGCUUCAAUUGGAAAUUCAGUUAUAAGAUUGAAAGCUCCAUCCUCGGCUGCAUUUUAUCCUCAGAAUAACUUAUCACGCAGUAAAGCUUCUCAUAGUUCUAUUCAUAUUCCUGCUUCAUUGCCACCAAAAUUUAAUGACAAUCUGUUGACUGCGGAGUUCGUCCAUGGGAAUGCUGAUCAACCCAAGGAAAUGUUCAACUAUGAUGCUCAGUUACCGCCUAUUGGAAGAGGGAAUGUGCCGAAACAAAAUGAUCAAUUUAAGCAGUACUUCCCCCCAUCCAAGUCUGUCAUGUUAAACAACAAAUCUGAUUUAAUCCAGAUCCGUGCAACAGAUAGGGUUAUCCAAGAUGUUGAGAAGAUACUUUUCAGUAGAGAGAAGCCUGGUCCAGCCGAUAUUGAGAGAGCGAAACAGACUCUUAAAGAGCAAGAAGGAGCUCUACUUGAAGCACUCGGUAAACUGGCAGACGUAUUAGAGGAGGGUAAUGAUCAGUUCCUCAACAGCUUGUUUUUAUGAACGUAUGUGUUACCAUUUGGUUUUCUAGAAGAUGGGGUGCUGGGAAAUAUUCAAAACUACUCAUGGAGGACAAGCGAUGGCAGUCCAUGGUAAUUUCAGUGGAUUAAUUGGUAGGCUGAAUGGACUUGGGGAAUUUAUUCUGAUCCUUGAAAUUAGGGUGUCUAUAUCAUUAUGUAGAUAUGAUGCUUAUUUUAGUUACUGAAUCCAAUUAUGGAGGUUACUAUACCCUUAAUUAGACAAAAUAUAUGAUGAUGCUAAAGCUAGUAGGUGACUGAUGCGAGCUGAACACUUCCAUAUGACUUGUUUCAAUACUUGUUUGACUGAUACUCCUGCUAACCAUUUAGUUAAAUGUAUAGUGUAAAGGAGAAUCCAAUCCCUUUUUGUUCUUCAGGAAAAAAACUCAUAUUUUCUUGUUA